AUUCUGAGAUUAAAGUCAGAACUGUCUUAUUUUUUUCCCAGUGGCCCUAUUCCUCUUCUGUAGAUCAUUGCUCAGAAUCCUUAGAUAAAAUCUGAACUGGAAUAUUCUUCAAUUGUAGAAGAUUUUAAACGUCUUGUGGUAAAACCUUUCUCAGAUAAAUUUGGGUUGUGAUGGGAAUAAUAAAAACUCUACCAUUAGAACGUCUUUAAAGUCAAAAAGAAAAUCCAAUAUGUAUGUACUUCACAACAGCUUUUAAACUGGACCAAGUCCAAGGUGUCUGUGAUUGUUUUAAAAUGUAUUGUCUUAUUUCAAGAACAGCUAUUUAUUUUACAAUAAACUAUGUUUUAAACUGUCGUUAUGCAGUAUACUAUAUUCCUUUGUAGAUAUGACCUAUUUCUAUCCUGUACCAUAUUUAAUCUUAUUACAACUAAAAAUACAGCUUUUCCCUUUUGAAGAAAAACAUUUUAGGAUUUCUUCUCAAGGUAAUUAUGUACAUAAUAACCAUGUUGACCAUAAUAACCAUGUUGUUAUGGACAUUUUGUAACUACUGUGAUUUCAAAUUGGAUGAUAGUUCUUUAGUUUUUACUUUAAAAACUACUGUUGCUAUUUGAAUGAGUUUACUUUUCUUUUGUUUGUUUACCUCAGUGCACUUUCUGGUCUUUUUCUUUUAAUAUGAAAGGGGUUAUUUACUAGACCUGUAGCAUUCUUAUAGCCUUAUUAUGCAACUACACUUAAAAUGUACUAUGCAAACAUGGCAGUAGCAGACUCUGACUCACUUUGAGCACAGAGAAAACACCAUUAGAUUUAAGUAGAUGUGGUUUAUCACACCUUGAAACACAAGAAAGCCAUAACAGUGUAGAAAAUAUAUUUGAGCUUUUAUUUUUACUAUUAUUAUUAUAGUCCACUAGUAAGUCUUGAGGUCGACACCAUGGGGACCAGGAGAGUGCUGGUUACUGGUUGCUCCUCUGGUAUUGGCUUGGCUGUGGCAGUACGCUUGGCCAAGGAUGAGACCAAACGGUUUAAAGUAGUUGCCACAAUGAGGGAUCUUGAGAAACGUGGCCCUUUGGAAAGAGCAGCAGGUGAUUUAUUAAAUAAAACCCUGGUGAUCCAAAAGUUGGAUGCCUGCUGUGAAGAAUCCAUCAAAGAGUGCAUCAACAGCAUCCCCAACCGACAAGUGGAUGUCCUUGUGAACAAUGCGGGCAUUGGCAUGAUUGGACCACUGGAGUGCCAAAGUAUUACCUCAAUGAAAGAGCUCUUUGAAGUCAACUUCUUUGGCCUGGUGCGAUUGGUGAAAGAGGUGCUGCCAGACAUGAAGCAAAGGCAGAGCGGCCAUAUUGUGGUAAUGAGCAGUGUUAUGGGAAUACAAGGACUUCUGUUCAAUGACGUCUACUCUGCGUCCAAGUUUGCUGUGGAAGGAUUUUGUGAAAGUCUGGCAGUGCAAGCAAUGAAAUUCAACAUCAAGACUACACUGGUGGAACCUGGUCCUGUGAUGACAGAGUUUGAAAGAAAAGUGUAUGAGGACGCAGAAAUCAUAGAUCUGUCUCAGACAGAUGAGGAAACGGCCAGGAUCUUUCGUGACAUUUAUCUUCCAUACUCUAGAAAGGUCUUCACAACAUUAGGCCAGACACCAGAGGAUGUGGCCGAGCAAACACAAAAAGUGAUUACAGCCCAGGAGCCUCCUCUACGGCACCAGACCAACCGACUCUACAUGCCCAUGACUGCACUAAAGCAUGCAGAUCCCACUGGCAGACUUCCUCUGGAAGCUUUCUAUAAAAUGAUCUUUAAACAUGACACUGUUUUUAAUGCCACAUUGGGGAUUCUGCGCAUGAUGAAUCGGAGGAAGGGGAAGAAAUAAUCAUUUAAUGGAAGUAGAUGCAAUAGUUGAUUAGGGUUACUGCAGUUAUGCUUUUUUUAUGUUUAACAUUCAAAUUCUGAAUUUCUGACAAGUUGUAAAAAAUAGAUCUUUUAUUAGCUUUGUUACCCUAUAAAAGAGAAUUUAAUGAUUUUUCUUUUUUUGAACAUAUAGACUGGAUGUACUGUAUAUGUUCAAAUAUACAUAUAACUUUAACUUCAUUUGUUUGAUUUUGGUCAUUAGAAACUCUGGUGUUUUUUCCCUUAACCCUUCAAAGCCUGAUAGAAGAAAUUGUUCUAAACUUUUAAAAACUGUACUGUCUAUUAUAUGCUUUUGUCAAAUUGUAUCAAUUUAAGUAUUCCUAUUUUAUGUUAUUGCAUUGAUAAAUGAUAUCUUUAAAAUUGGUCAUUAUUUUAAAGACAUAAAUGUUAAGUUCUUAUCAAAGUUGAUGAAAUUCUUUCAGUAUAUAUUGCCAUUUUAUUUUAGUAUUUAUAAUAAAAACUACUUUAAUCACAAUUGAUUCAGAUGUUAUUUUUUCUACAGAACAUUUAUUGAUGCUUAAUUUAAACCCUGGUUUAUGACUAUUUAAAAAAAACACAUUCUAAAAUUAAGUUUUUUUACAUUUAAUUUCUGUACCAUUAAAAAAUUACUUCUAAGGUAGAUAAAAGUGGUGCAAAAGGGCACAAGAUCAGCCUAGAAUUAAGAAAAAGGUUGUUUUUAAAAAAAAAUUAAAAGUAAAAUAUUUACAAAAGAAAAGAAAAGGUUAAUAUAUUAGAAACAUAUUUAUCUCGAUAUAUAUGUGGAGCAUCAUGGAGUUAAAUUCUAGAAAAAGUUAUUUCUGGGACAUAAAGAAUAAUUUCGCUUGAAAUAAAAUAUCCACGCAGUUAUAUUCUUACAUUAUAUCAGAUCAGUUUACUGUGAUAAAAUUUGUAUUUCUCUCAGAUGGCUUGACGAUUGUUUAGAUCAUUUCUAAAAUGGAUGUCAGCACAUUUUCAAUCUGAGCCUAAAUCUGGAUGAGUUUCCAUUGUGUGUUUUCUCAGUCGUUUUUUUAUUUUUUUUACAUAAAAAAUAUUAAUGCACAGUAUAUUUCACAGACUGUUAAAUGGAGGAAAGUUUUACAAUGUUAGCAAUGUGUUACAUUUGAAAGAAAAGUUGAUCCCUUCAAGAUUAUCAUUGAUACCUCUGUAUUGUAACAGAUCUGAACUUGUCAUUCAGAACAGCUGCUCUGUAUAUUAGUGUGAUAUAAACAAACUGCUAAAAACAAUUAAGAAUAAUAAUAACAAUAUCCUGAAAAGUAGUUCCCUGUAGUUUUUAUUACAAAUAUAUUUAACAAGUUUGAUAAAA